GAGUUAGCGCCGGCCCGCGCCACUUCCGACGCAGCGCUCGCAUCGGGUUCCGGGGCGGCCGCGGGGAUGGAGGAGGCCGGAGCGGCGGCGGCGGCCGCGGCCGGGGAGGCCGAGCUGAACUGGUCCCGCCUGAGUGUGUCCACCGAGACGCUCGAGUCGGAGCUGGAGGCGCGCGCCGAGGAGCGGCGCGGCUCGCGGGAGGCGCUGCUGCGGCUGCUGCUGCCGCACAACCGUCUGGUGUCGCUGCCGCGGGCGCUGGGCAGCGGCUUCCCGCACCUCCAGCUGCUGGACGUGAGCGGCAACGCGCUUACGGCGCUCGGACCCGAGCUGCUGGCUCUCAGCGGCCUGCGCACGCUGCUGGCCAGGAACAACCGGCUCGGCGGGCCCGGCGCGCUGCCCAAGGGCCUGGCCCAGUCGCCGCUGUGCCGCAGCCUCCAGGUGCUCAACCUCAGCGGCAACCUCUUCCAGGAGGUGCCCGCCUCGCUGCUGGAGCUGCGCGCGCUGCACACCCUCAGCCUGGGCGGCAACCAGCUGCAGAGCAUCCCGGCCGAGAUCGAGAACUUGCGGAGUUUAGAGUGUUUGUAUCUUGGAGGAAACUUCAUCAAAGAAAUCCCACCAGAAUUAGCAAAUCUGCCUUCUUUGAAUUAUUUGGUAUUGUGUGACAACAAAAUCCAAAGUGUGCCUCCUCAGCUUGCACAGUUGCAUUCACUUCGUUCCCUCAGUCUCCACAAUAACUUGCUGACAUACCUGCCUCGAGAGAUCCUCAACCUUAUUCAUUUGGAAGAAUUGAGUUUACGAGGAAACCCAUUGGUUGUUCGUUUUGUUAGAGAUUUAACCUAUGACCCUCCAACUCUCCUGGAAUUAGCUGCACGGACCAUUAAGAUUCGAAAUAUUUCUUACACUCCCUAUGAUCUUCCUGGGAAUCUUCUUAAAUACUUGAGUUCAGCCAGCAAUUGCCCAAACCCAAAAUGUGGAGGAGUCUACUUUGACUGCUGCGUCAGACAGAUUAAGUUUGUGGACUUCUGUGGGAAGUACCGCCUCCCACUUAUGCACUACUUGUGUUCGCCAGAAUGCUCUUCGCCCUGCAGUUCUGCCUCGCAUAGCUCCACAUCCCAGAGCGAAUCUGACUCAGAAGACGAAGCCAGCGUUGCCGCACACAGAAUGCAGAAAGUUCUUCUUGGUUGAAGAGAAUUCUGUGCGGGAUGUUGCAAAACACUAAAAAACUGAGGAAAGGUGAUUAGAAAAGAGAACAGAGUUGAAGUUGGCUAGAAACUCUAUUGUCUUAAUUUUGCACAUCCAUGAAAGAGUCAGGGUGAUGUAAAACAUUCUGUGUUUCAUCUACCUGUUCAAGAACAAGUCCAGUUCCAUUUUUGGAUCCUCUGACUGUAAUUUACUCUGAGUAGCAGUUUUAAAUUUGGUUGACUGUGAUUUCUACUCAAGUUGUAAAUCACACAGCAGAAUGUACAUUCUGAAGAGCAGUGGGAUAAUAGGUCAUGAGUGAUGGAACGUGUGGCAGUUGAGAUGAAGAAAGUAAGAAAUUAUCAAAGCCCUAAUUAUUGCCAGGUUAUCCUUGGGUUUAGGUUGCACACUACACCAUUAACAGAAUGAGCCCUCUCCUUACAUUACCUUAUUUCUGCAUUACAGCCCUCCCUAUUCAUGUAAACUCACGGGUGGGUACAUAGGACUUAAACCUUCCUGACCAACUAACUGGUGAAGUAAAGAAUGUAACUUUUAAAUAGGAUAUUUAAACUUUUCACUUCUCCUUUGUUCUAUAUCAUUGUUAUUAACCUGUUAUCUAGCAGUGACUGUCAAAGUGCCUUAAUCCUAGCAAAGAUACAGAAACAUGCGCAAGAAAUAAUGCAAGAGCAACCUACAACCUGUCAUACUAUGCAAAGUACUUUAAAAUGUGCUUUAACAAAAUGAGGUAAACAGCUGUAUAUCUAACUCUGAGCCCAUGACCAUCUAACCUCUUUCUGUUUGUUUGUUUGUUUCAAUGUGCAAUUAAUCCUUUUUAAGGAAGGCACUUUUAUACUUACUGAGAGGCCACAAUCUUGAUCAAUCUGUUCAGUUACUUUCUCUACAUUUUAAAGAAUUAAUGCUAGAUAAACAUAAUAA